GCCGGGGCGCGACGCCGUCGCCAUGGCAGCCCGAGGCCUCCUAGGCCUGACUAGGCCCGAGCCGCGGAGAUGCCGAAGCCGCCGCUGUCUCCGGUGCCGGAGCAGGAGCCGGACGCCGGGGCUCGGUUCCCCGAGAGCCCUUUUCCCACCGAGGCCAGUCGGAGCAGCUCCGGGUCCCGAAGCUCCGCGGCUUUUUCCAGGUCUGCCGAUGAACCUCUUGUUCAUGAAGAAAGCGAUGAUUGCGACCCAGAGAACAAGGAGAGCGAUUCGGAGGAAGAAGACUGGGAUACGGACCUUGAAAUAGAAGGUUCAAGGAAGUCGUACAAUUCCGCAGGAAGAGCCAAAUACCUUGAGGCUUGCCAAACGUAUGGCGUGACCCCCGUCUCUUAUUUUUUACGGCACAUGAAGGAUUCGGAAUUGACCCUGAUGCACCAUGGCCUUGGCCCUAAGGCAGCCAAAGCUCUGGCUCUUUCCUUGACAAACAACACCUCCAUCGUGAAGUUGAACCUGAGUGACAAUUGGCUGAAUGGAGAUGGCGGGGCUGCUGUUGCGGAGAUGUUAAAGGAAAACUACUAUAUUACAGAUGUCGAUUUAUCAGACAACAAACUUGGAGUGAAAGGAGCAAAGGCUCUGUCAGCAACACUCAGAGCAAGUACAACACUUCUGAUCCUGAAGCUUUCUGGAAAUGAAUUAAAUGACCAUGCGGCCAAAUAUUUAGCUGAUGCCUUCAUGGUGAACAACAAAGUGGAGUCCCUUGAUCUGAGUCACAACAUGUUCGGAGAGGCUGCAGGGGAAGUUCUUGGACCAGCGAUUGCAGAAAACGUGGGCCUGAAGGAGCUCAAUCUCAGCUGGAACUCCUUUCGAGGCCAAGGAGCUGUCACUCUCGCCAAAGGCUUGGGGGCAAACAUCUUUCUGCGGGUGGUGGAUCUUACCUACAACGGCUUUGGCAACAGCGGAGCAGCUGCUCUGGGUGACGCCCUGAAAGUCAACAAUGUGCUGGAAGAACUCCGUGUCGGCAAUAAUCGCAUUUCGCUGGAAGGAGCCCUCUCACUUGCCUUGGGCCUGAAGGAGAACAAGACUCUGAAGAGCCUCAGUAUGGCCAGGAACCCGAUCCAAAGCAAAGGCUGCAUCGGGAUUCUCAAAGCUGUUCGAGCCAACCUGGGCACAGCUUUAGAGGUUCUGGACUUCUCAGAAAUUGUGGUGAGGGAGGACUUCGUAGAACUCUGUGAUGCUGUCCUGGAAGUUUUGCCCAGCCUCCAGAUCAAGCAUGAUGGAACCAGUCGCCUGUUCAGAACAUAUUCGUCAAAGGUUUCCUAAGAAGAUCCUCAACACUGGAUGCCCAGGGAAACAUUGCUCUUGGGUACCAGCAGGACUGGAAGGAUAUCAGGAGCCUCUGCUUUUCCUUCUACUGUUGCUCAGUGGAUAGGCAGAGACCUUGGCAUUCUCUUUCAUUCAUAGUUUGCGAUAGCACUGCUUUGUUCUUGUGUUUAACCCUGCAUUUCCCAAAUGUCAGUUAGUCAUGGUGCACCUUUCCUUUCCAAAUCAGAACUAGCAGCCUUUAACUCUCAUCCCCCAAGUCGGGUAAGAGGAGGGAUGUCUGAGCAUUCUUAGCUCGGAACUAAGUUAGGGCGAGGUGGCCCUUGGCUUUGACUUUUGUGGCCCCUGACUUUUGUCCAGAGUUUUGAGGUUGUGUGUCACUGGUAUACAGUACAACACCUGUAUCUGCCAGACUGGUAACUGUGGUUUCACUUAUCCACAUCUGGAAAAAAAAGUUUUUAUGUUUUUAAAAAUGUGUUUUACGUUUUUCCGAAGAUGCUGGUGAAACGUCAGGAAGAAACUCUUCUAGAACAUGGCCACAGAGCCCGAAAAACCCACAAAAAACUAUGUUUUAUGUUUGCUUUCCAUACCUUUGACAAGUAUGUUCUAAAAAAUAUGAACAUAUUCAUUGUGUAUUUCUGCAUGGCAGGGGCUUGGACUAAAUGGCCCUUGAGAGCCCUUGAGAUCCAUUCCAACUCUGUGAUUCUGGGCUCUUGUUCGUUGGUUAGUUUUUCUCAGAAAAGAGUGUGGCUGGUGCCUGGCAAACUUUUUCAAAAGCAAACGUAAUGCAUGGUGUAGUUGGUCAUUCAGAAAGGGGUACAUAGCCUGCCAGGAAUUGCCCAUGAAAUGCCAGUGCAAAUUUGAAACUGCUGACUAAAUCUUUGGACUUUGGGCUUCUCAUCCUGUUUGGAAUGAAGCACCCUGAGCGAUACUGAUUCUGAAGAAGGAACUGUUGUGCAGCAACUCACAGCAGGUUGCCAUCUUGUCCUCUCUUGUUUCAGAAUGGCAGGACCUCCCUGCUUUCCCAGAUUUUCCCCCCAAGCCCCAACAUCUAGCUGCUAGGAACUGAAUCCUGGACUUCUGUGUGCAAAAAACGUUCCUGAGGCCCACUGAGUUGAGCCCAUGGAAUGUCACAAAAAUACCUGACGUUUGGGAAAUGCAGGGUUAAACUGCACUUUUGUUACAGGUGAAAGCUCUCUGUGUAAGGAAAACUUACAUUUGGAAGAAACAUCAUUAAAAUAUUUGCUUCUAGUAAA